AUGCCGAAGCCAAGGAAGCAUUUGGCACGGCUCCUGCGCAAGCAGGCCGGAUGCAGAAUGCUUCCAGCGGCACUGGGCAGGAUGGUGCCAGCAGGUCCAUGCUUGCAGCCGCAGAGUCACGCAGCUCUUGCGUCCCGCAGAUCCUUUUUUGCCUGGCCGGAAUGGGCAGCAGGCGCUGCAAAUGAUUUUGUGGCAGUGAUGAGCAAUGUGGAUGGGACCAUUAGUUUGUUCCAACGCUUGCCUCCUUUGAAGCCUGUGCUCGGACAAUUGGAGCAAGCCCGAGGGUGGCUGCAGAAUUGGAAGCACAGCCCCGUUCCGGAGCUGACAGAGGAAAUGCUGAAGAAGUCUGUCGCCAUGAUUGGCACAGCCAGCGAAUUGGCAGGGCAGAAUCCGUUUCAUCAAAGGACGCAGGUGGAACUCCAGAAGCAGGUCCAUGAGCUGUUUGUCUACAUUGUGCUCCUACAAUUGCUCUCAACCAGCACGACCAGUCACUUCCGGUUCCGCAUUGUCCACGGAGUUCCCACUGUCUAUUGCUGGGAAAGUGCGCUUGUCGAAUCAUUCUCUUUGGAGUUGCUUCGUGUGCCCAAGCCCUUCCGGCCUGUCGGCCAGGCAAUGGGAGAUGCUGAUGCUGAAGAGUUGAGGAAAAGCGGUGCCUUCAGUGAAGUGGCCUCUGCAAGUGAGGAUCUUUCCAAAACCUACGACGACGUCAAACGGCGCCAGGCAGAGUGGAUACCAAAGGAUGUGGCAUCCAAUCAGUGUGGCAAAGAAGUGAGACGCUUGCUGACAGUUCAUGGUCCCAAGACAGUAGCUUCCAGCGAUGGUGUCCUCUAUUUCACCACAAAGGGCACAACCGCCACGAAGGACACCACCAGCACGAAGGACACCACGACCACAAAGGGCACAGAGACCAGAUUACUAAAGCAUGAUUUUGAAGGCAAGGAGUUGAAGUCUUUCCCUGUGAGCAACAUCAAAGGCUGUACCGGGAUGGCGAUCGCAGGUGACACUGUUGUCGCCUCUCUUCCUGACAAAGUACUUUGCUUUAAGCUCUCAGAAGAAGACGUGAAGUGUACCGAGCCGAGCCCAAGUCCAGUGAAAGGCAUUAGUGUGGAUCAGCAGAGUCAGUCCCAUGCUUACUACUGCGUUGGGCACUCAGUGGUAUGCUUGGACUGUGUGACUAUGAAGGAGCACAGCAUCAUGGGGAAAUGUGAUGAAGAAGGAUGUGGCAAACCAGGAACUCCACCAACGAAAUUGCUACUCCACGACCCAAGCGCUACUGCCGUGGUUGACUCUCGUCUCUUCAUCGCUGAUACGGGCAACCAUCGGGUCCUUUGCUUGGAUAUGAGAGAGAAUCACUGUACGGUUGUGUUUGAGGGAGAGCAUCCAAGUUUGCUUGCAGCCGAUGGUGAUGGUCUGUGUGUUUAUGAUGGUGAGCAAAACAAGAUCUUCCAUGUGAGCAUGGGCACAUGGGAAAAGGAGCAUGUUCUAGGCACAGGCACCAGGGCCUUCAGCCGUGAGGGGUUGCCACCGCGAUCUACGAACUUGGGCAAAGUGAUAAGCAUGGCACUUGGUCAUGGAAGGGAACUCACCUUCGUUUGUGAUGACGAUGACAAUGUUCGUACAUGCAGGAUGCCUGCAAGUCUGGAAUCAAGUGCAACUCCCUGCGCGACAUCCGCAGGACCAAUGUCAGCAACAGACAAAGGACAGGAGGGACUUAUCCCACUUCAACAUGACUGUCUUCAGCCCACUUGUGGUUUCAAAUUGGACUUCUUUUGCUCUGGACAGCCUACGCCGAUGAUCCUUUCGGAGCCCUUGCCACAUGAUCAGAAAGAGGUGCACAUCAAAUGCACGCUGUCAUCUCCUAUGGGCGGAGUUGGCAUAAGCCUGCUUGCAGAAAAUGUGGGGGAUUCCAACCGCAGGCCGGUGGAUUGUCAUUUGAUGAGCUCUCCUGAGUGGAAUGCACGUGUCUUUGUCAGCACGCUCUCAAAGUUGACGAAGAGGCAAAAUGCGAAGCAGGAAUCAAAUCAGCAAGUGGCAGAUGAACAAGUGGCAUGGCAGCGGAAAUCUUUUCAAGAGGUUUUGAAAAAAGGAAUGAAGAUUUUUCACGAUUGGGUGAAAAGCGAAUCCCCAAAGGAGAACUCAGACAAGGAAUCCCCAAAGGAGAAUUCCAUUGAGGAAGCAUUCUACCUCCGGCGUGAGAACCACUUGGAGGCGACCGUUGAACGCAGAUAUGAUGAGCGUGAAGACUGCUCAAUUGUGCUGUUCAAGGAGUUAAAAGUCAAUGGAAAGAGGCGUGCUGGGGAGUUGGAUGAAAUCAAGGUGGGUCCUCAUGUGCCAGUGAGGCUCUGUAUCUUUGCUUUCCCAGACGGGCCUUUCUUGAAGUGCAAGGAGCCUCCCAAAAUUAGUGAGCUGCGCUCCUAUGUGUAG